UUAAAUGCUCCCAAAAUGUCCCAGAAUGCAGGAAAUGAAGCGCUGAAUUUAAAAAUUUUCCAGGACCCCCCUAGCUGCUCGGCUACUUUUCUAUUUCAGCCUGUUCAACAAAAACAGAAGUAUGCCGACAAUUGGUCCGUCAAUCAGGCUCCACUGUCCAUGUCAGAAUGUCUGGCAAAGAGUGCCCAAAAGAUUGAUUUCUCCGAGGAAGAUGGUGAGGACAAAGGAAAGACAACCUCAGAGGAAGAUACUGAAGAUAAAGAGAAAGAAUCUUCAACUUUCCAGCCCUCGCUUUGGCCAUGGGAUAAUGUCCGCAAUAAACUCAAGACAGCAUAUACAGAGAUGGGUGUACUUUUAGAUGUUCUCAAUAUUGCUAAGGAGAAGAAAUACAUGGUUCUAGCACAUGUUCAACAAGACACAACAGAACACAAGUCAGCCAUACAGCUGCUCGCAAAGAAAAAGGCAGUAGGCCUGCAAUCAAUUUGUACAGGCCUGACAACAGCUGCCAAUCUGUUGAUGAGUGGAGCAGACAGAUUGAAGCGUUCCCAACAAGAGAUUGGUAACAGGCAACAAAAUGAAUUCCAUUAUGAACUUCUAAAGUUACGGCAAAACUGGAGGUUAAAGAAAGUUGGCAAUGCCAUUAUCGGUGACCUUAGUUACAGAUCUGCUGGUUCGAGGUUUUGGCAAGGAGGAACAUUUGAAGUGACAAAGAAUACAACUUUGCCAUCAGAACAGCCUGAUGGAGGUGUGGCCAGUCAUAGUGCCCUUGAAGUUAUUAUACCCAGUGAACUAGAGGGUUCCUCAUACGUACAGGUUGAAGUAAAGUGUGUGCCUGAGUCGAUGGAUCUGAUCACAGCUACAUUGAGAGUACCGGAUGGCUUUGGAAGAUAUCCCUCUGAUGCUCACUGGCAAACAAAAUUGGAGGCCGCUCAAAAUGUCCUCUUUUGUAAAGAACUCUUCUCCCAGCUUGCAAGAGAGGCUGUUCAGUUGAAGAGUAGUGUGCCCCAUGUAGUAGUUGGUAACCAGAUCAUUACAAAUAUAUUCCCCAGUGUUCAGUUGUCUAUAGUUUUGUGCCAUUCGACAGGGAAAGGUGACAAAAAGUCACCUGCCCAGCCUAAUAAAGUGGAGCAUAAUCAUGUAUUAGAGCAUUCCUUACAUCAGCUGUUACGAGAGGUACAUCACAAAACAUUGCAUCUUGAUUCUCCACAUCCUGUUACAGCAACCUUUGGUAUGAGCAAGAGACGUCGACUGGCUGGUCCAUCUGGAAUGUCUCGAUCAGAUCUCAAAGAAAUGGCAGAAAAUGAAACACUUCUAGAACAAAUAAUAAAACAGGCAAGACAUGAAGUUUUAAGAGCAAGAACAAUGACCACUAUAGACAGACUGGCAACAAAUAUAGCAGAUCCACAGAUAAUGGCCCACUGGAGUUGUCUUAACAGUCCACUGCAGUCAAAUGUGAAAAUUAUCAUCACAUCAAAUGGGUAUGAAGGUCUUAGGUUAACAUGGCAAUCAUUUGACCUGGAGAUAGGUACAGACAGUAUCAAGGUAGUAACCAAGGAUAGAAGGACAUUGUCUCUAACCUUCCAGGAGAAGGAGGUAGAGGAUCUCAUCAGGUGGCAGGUUGGUAAUUUCAUCUCUUAGAAGUGGGUUAUAAAG